GCCCGCGCCCUUGUCCGCCGACCCCGCGGCGGGCUCCAAGGCGGCCGACAGCAUGAGCGGCGGCGGCGACGUAGUGUGCACCGGCUGGCUGAGGAAAUCGCCCCCCGAGAAGAAGUUGAGGCGCUAUGCCUGGAAGAAACGCUGGUUUAUCCUGCGGAGUGGGCGGAUGAGCGGAGACCCAGAUGUUCUGGAAUACUACAAGAAUGAUCACUCCAAGAAGCCCCUGCGCAUUAUCAACCUGAACUUCUGCGAGCAGGUGGAUGCAGGCCUGACCUUCAACAAGAAGGAGCUGCAGGAUAGUUUUGUGUUUGACAUCAAGACCAGCGAGCGCACCUUUUACCUGGUGGCCGAGACGGAGGAGGACAUGAAUAAGUGGGUCCAGAGCAUCUGCCAGAUCUGUGGCUUCAAUCAGGCCGAGGAGAGCACAGACUCCCUGAGGAACAUUUCCUCAGCCAGUCACGGCCCCCGCUCUUCUCCAGCUGAGCUCAGUAGCUCCAAUCAGCACCUUCUCCGAGAACGAAAAUCCUCAGCCCCGUCGCACUCCAGCCAGCCAACCUUGUUCACCUUUGAACCCCCGGUGUCGAACCACUUGCAGCCCGCCUUGUCCACCAGUGCACCUCAGGAGUACCUCUACUUGCACCAGUGCAUAAGCCGGAGAGCAGAAAAUGCAAGGAGCGCCAGCUUCUCUCAGGGCACCAGGGCCUCGUUUCUCAUGAGGAGCGACACGGCCGUGCAGAAACUUGCCCAGGGCAACGGACACUGUGUCAACGGGGUUAGUGGUCAAGUCCAUGGCUUCUACAGCCUCCCCAAGCCAAGCAGGCACAAUACAGAAUUCAGAGACAGUACCUAUGACCUCCCCCGGAGCCUGGCCUCCCAUGGCCACACCAAGGGCAGCCUCACAGGCUCUGAGACGGAUAACGAGGAUGUGUACACCUUCAAGAUGCCCAGCAGCACCCUGUGCCGUGAAUUUGGGGACCUCCUGGUGGAUAAUAUGGAUGUUCCGGCCACCCCACUCUCAGCCUACCAGAUCCCUAGGACAUUCACACUGGACAAGAACCACAACACCAUGGCAGUCGCCACUCCUGGGGACUCGGCUGUAGCCCCCCCACCCCGGCCCCCCAAGCCAAGUCAGGCAGAAACACCUCGAUGGGGCAGCCCUCAGCAGAGGCCUCCAGUCGGUGACGGCAGCAGAUCGGCCGCGGCCGCCGCAACCAUCCCCAGGCGCAAUACCCUCCCAGCCAUGGACAACAGCCGGCUCCACCGAGCUUCUUCCUGCGAGUCCUACGACUACCCCCAACGUGGUGGAGACAAUGCAGGCCGGUCCACCGAGUCCAUGAGUGAUGCAGUCAGCGCUUUUCUGCCAGGGAAAACAGUCGUGGGCCGAUCGGAUAGCACCAACUCCGAAGACAACUACGUGCCCAUGAACCCAGGCUCCUCCACCCUGCUGGCUGUGGAGCGGGCGGGUGAUAAUUCCCAGAGUGUCUACAUCCCCAUGAGCCCAGGGCCCCAUCACUUUGACCCGCUUGGCUACCCCACCUCAGCGCUUCCUAUGCACCGAGGCUCCAGCCGAGGGAGUGAGAUCCAGCCACCCCCUGUCAACCGCAACCUCAAACCUGACCGGAAAGCAAAGCCAACACCGCUUGACCUGAGAAACAACACCGUCAUCGAUGAGCUCCCCUUCAAGUCACCCAUCACUAAGUCUUGGUCCAGGGCCAUCCACUCCUUCAACCCGGGCUCAUCCCAGUACUGCCGCCCCAUCUCCACACAGAGCAUCACCAGCACGGACUCGGGAGACAGCGAAGAGAACUACGUCCCCAUGCAAAACCCAGUGUCUGCAUCUCCCAUUCCCAGUGGCACCAACAGUCCGGCCCCUAAGAAGAGCACUGGCAGCGUGGAUUAUCUGGCCCUGGACUUCCAGCCGAGCUCCCCAAGCCCCCACCGCAAGCCAUCCACGUCAUCAGUCACUUCCGACGAGAAGGUGGACUACGUUCAGGUGGACAAGGAGAAGACCCAGGCCCUGCAGAACACCAUGCAGGAGUGGACGGACGUGCGGCAGUCCUCGGAGCCUUCCAAGGGGGCCAAGCUGUGACGCGAGGGCCACCGCCCCAGGGAGGGGCCAGGAGGCGGUGUCUCCAGAGCCGACGCCUCCCCAUCUGUCUCCCCCUUCUCCUCUCCUGCGCGCCCUCCUGCCCACGCCCUCUCUACUCUGCCACUCUGGCCUUCAAAGCACUUGAUAUCAGGGACCCUGACCCCUUCCCCUGGGAGGUGAGGGCCUGAUCGAGGCGCUUCCUCGGCUCACUCGGGGCCCACCUUUGAUUUUUAUCAGCAGUGGCCAUGCCUCUACCCACCUUAGUUAGAGCUAUUGCCAAAAAGCAUCCUUCAGCCUCUUCCUGCCCUUUAGACCCGAAUACCUACCCGACGUGUGGAGGGAGGGGCUGGGGCUCUGAGCCAGAUUCCACACCUCACCUUUGGGCACAGCUCUCAGCCCCUGUCCCUCCCGCUACUGGGCUACCUCUCCCCCAGUCCCGGAAGAAGCCAAGUCGUCUCGCUGACCCAGGGAGCCAAGGACCAGCGGACCAAAGUGGAUACAGACUUCUUCAGCCCUGUCUUUCUUGGCAGGGGAGAGGCAAGGCCACCGAAAGAUGAAGGAGUCGAGGAGGAAGGUCAGAGGUGGUCUUGAGGGACAAAGGAGUGAGACCCCCAGAUGCAGAAGGGCAGGGCAACUGCGGUGGUCCCCCAUCUUCAGGCCAAGUGGCAGUGCAGCUGUUGCCGGGUGGGAGAGGCAGAAGACUGAGGACAGCAGGAGGGGAAGACAGGGUGAGGGCAACCCAGAACAAGGAGCCGGAGAUGGGGUGACGAAGACCCCGCGGGGCCGGGCCCCCGGGACUGUGGAGCCACAGGCCCGGGUCUGCCGCUCCCAGAGCGGAGCCCUCUUCCCCGAGACCCCACCCAGCCAAGAGCGCG